AUAGUGCAUUAUUGAGAAAGCAUUACCAAUGAUCGGAUCGAUUGAUGCAAGAAAACAAAAACUAGAGACCCUCUAGAAACAAUGCUCUGUUUCUUAAUUUUCAAAGUCAACGUGGUGUGACUCAACUAUUGGGGUCAAAUAUGCCUGCUGUCUCAACGCCCCCACACACGCACAAUCCACUCCCACUACUUUUACCUGAUAAAAAAGGUUGGAAAAGUCGCAAUUUCCAAUUGAAAUCGAAACACAACUUUGUACCAUGACUUCUCUAUUCAAUCUCCUGCCCUUCUUCUUCUUCCUAGUUCUCCCAUCUGUUUCUAAUGCCGAAUCCGCCGAUCCCUUGGGCCAAUUCUGCAAUCAAGACACGGUCAUCAGCAAGGGCAGCCCGAUUUGGUCGAACAUCGACCAUGUCCUGACCGAGUUAGUAUUGAAAGCCCCGUCAACUGGCUUCCUCACGACCUCUUAUGGCUCAGGCCAUGACAAGGUAUAUGGCCUAGCACAAUGCAGAGGAGAUGUAAGCCAAGAUGACUGCUCGAGUUGCAUCCAAGACGCGGGCAAGCAAAUCCGCCAGCUCUGCCCAGACCAGGCCGAUGCAAGGAUCUGGUAUGACUACUGCUUUCUACGGUAUAACAACCAAACUUUUAUCGGUGAGGUCGACACAUCUUUUGGGAUAUUUUAUUUCAAUGUCAAGAACGUGACCGACCCCGAAAAGUUCAACAAAGAGCUAGGGAGCCUGAUGGACCGGAUCGAAGACGAUGCGGUUCUGCCUAAGAACAGAGGGCUCGGGAAAGGCGAGACGAAGCUCACACCAUUCGUCACUCUCUAUGCAUUGGUCCAAUGCACCAGAGAUCUGCCCAAGCUGUCCUGUGCUCAGUGCUUGGCCAUCGCUGUCGGGAAUUUCCCAAAUUUCUGCAAUGACCGGAAGGGUUGUCGAGUUCUGUAUAGCAGUUGUUACGUCCGAUACGAGCUCUAUCCGUUUUUCUUUCCGCUCGACAGAAAUGACAGUAACAUCGCUAGCGGGGAAACUAUGAAGAAGUUGGUCUAUCCAUAGACUACACCUACACGUACACAUUUCUUGCUUUUGUUAAAGUUACCCGUUUGAUGGCAGACGAAACUCCGAUGCCAAAGGCACGAGACAAGGAAAAAAAUAAGUAAAUAACAACGAUGUACUUUGGGUAUCCAUCCAAUAUGUUUCACUCACUAUGCCUUUGUGUCCAGUAAUUGAUUCCACAGCCUUACCAUUCAACAUUAGCAUUAUGCAUUGCCUCUGUACUAUGAAAGGGCAUUAUAAUGAUUGUUUCUUCUUAUGGUCCAACGAUUGGACAAGAGGAGACAAACUCAGCCACAUGAAGUGCCUCCUUUUUGCUCCACUCAAUAAAAAGCAGUAGGAUUUGACUGCA